AUGUACCCGCAGAGUCCAAGUGUGUUGAGGACCUUGAGGCGUGCUGUUAGCUGCGUGCUUAUGCCUUGGUCAGUAUCUAUUAAGUUCAAGACGACCGCGGCGCGGCACCUCGACCACGCCUUCGAGCGUCUCCGGUCGGCACACCUCCCGCUCGUCGCGGUGUCGCUGUUGAUCGACACGCUGCGGGCCUCGCCCGAGCCGCUCGUGCUCCCGGGCCUGGAGCGCUGCCUUCUGCUCUGCCUCCACCGCCGGGGCGUGCUCCACUUCCUCCGCCUCUUUCCGCGCGUCUUCCACCUGCGCGCCCCGCUCUCGCUCGCCCCGGCCGCGACCUCCCUUUUCGCUGUCGCUGCCUCCCCCGCCGCCGCGGCACGGACGCUCCAUCGUCUCCUCGCGAUGUCUGGUACAGUGGUACCCCUCCAUGCCGUAUUCCGCGUCUGGAGUGAGCUCGCCCUCCCUGACGACUUCGAGUACUCCGUCACUUCGGAGGGCCAGCAGGAUGUGCGGAUUGGCGAUGAACAUCUUCAGGGACGUACACUGCUAAUUCAGCUUACCGUGGAUUAUUUGGGGGAAUAGUUUAUCCUGUCAAGCCAACCCUGGUUUGGAAUUGGAAACCUCUGGUGCCUCUGAAGUGCAAUUUUUCUGCGGGUUGGCAUUGCAGAACCAGUGCCUGAUGUCCUGAUGAUCGAAUAUAGUUAUGCUUAUCGAGAGACAGUUCAGCACCUUCUAAUACAAUACUCAUGCAAGAUUGGUGUUGCUGUCUGUUUUUCUUCAUAGCUAGCAAUUUCGUUGCCGCCAAAUGUGCCACCAACACUCUACAUAGCACGACUGUUUUCUGAUGUUGACACCACAGUACAGUUGUAUUCUUUCC